CUGUGGCGGAACCAUAGAAAUGGCCACCAUAUUCCUCAUAUUAUCUUUUGUCAGUUUUAUGUUCCUUCUGCAUAAAGUCUUCCCAGAUCUGAUACAAAAGAAGAAUAAAAAGAAGCGAGCACUAGGUCCGACGACUCUGCCAGUCAUCGGGAAUCUCCAUAUGUUGGGUUCACUUCCGCACCGGACCCUUCAAUCAUUAGCCAAACGAUAUGGUCCGAUCACGUCCUUGCGGCUAGGGCAAGUCCCAGCGGUUGUGGUCUCUUCUCCUGAAGCAGCCGAGCUGUUCCUAAAGACCCACGACGUAACAUUCGCGAGCCGACCCAAGAGUCAGUUUUCUGUGUUCAUCUUCUUCGGCACCAGUGGGAUGGCGACCAGUGAGUAUGGUCCCUACCGACGCAACAUGAGAAAGCUGUGUAUUCUGAGGCUUCUUAGCUCGUCAAAGGUCCAGUCGUUUGGCCCUUUACGGAGGAAGGAGCUGGGUUUAUUAGUUACGUCGUUAAGGAAAGCCGCUGCGGCGCGUGUAGUUGUUGAUCUUAGUGAGGUUGUGAAGAAACUUGUGGAGGAUAUGAACCAUAUGAUGGUGCUGGGUGGCAUAACAUAGAUGGCCAGUAUGAUUUGAAAGCACUUUCUGAGGAGAGCACGUGUCUGGGUGGGGCAUUUAACCUUGCAGAUUUUGUCCCUUGGCUAGGAGCUUUGGAUGUUCAGGGACUGAAACGAAGGUGAAGAAAACAAGCAAAGCACUCAAUGACAUGCUGGAGAAGAAAAUAAGGGAACGGGAAUAAGCUUCUGAUGUGCACAAAGACGAGGACUUCAGAGACAUCUUGCUCUUGCAAAUGAACCAGCAGCCGAUGGAUUCCAAAAGCGAGCAAAAGCUUGUUAAUCGAACUACCAUCAAAGCUAUACUGAUUGAAAUGACUGUAGCAGCACUGGAAACAUCUGCAGCUGCAAUUGAGUGGGUUUUAUCAGAACUCUUAAGGCAUCCAAGAGUGAUGAAAAAUCUUCAAGAUGAGAUAAAAGUAUGGUUGGAAUUAGGAGAAUGGUAAAGGAAAUGGACUUAGUGAAAUCUAAACACUUGAAUUUGGUAGUGAAGGAGACCUUCAGACUCUACCCUGCAGGACCAUUAUUACUUCCUCGAGAAUCAGGGCAAGAAAUCAUGAUUGGUGGAUAUCACAUUGAGGAAAAGUCUAGGGUUCUUAUAAAUGUAUGGGCGAUAAGAAGAGAUUCCAAAGUGGUUAAAUAAUGCUGAAGCAUUUUAUCCAGAGAGGUUUAUGAGCAACGGCAUAGACCUUCAAGGACAAGAUUAUCAACUAAUACCGUUUGGUUGUGGUCGAAGAGGUUGUCCCGGGAUUGAGUUGGGUCUUAGGACAAUGAAACUCGUUAUAGCUUAAUUAGUGAAUUGUUUUGAUUGGGAGCUUUCUUUUCGUACGAGUCCUACAAACUUGGACAAGAGUGAGAAAUUUGGACUCUCAAUAACAAGAGUGAUUUACCUACUAAUAAUUCCAAACUGUCGUGUGUCUAGUGAAGCAUUUGAAGAAUAAACCUAUCUUAACUGAUACAUGAUGAUACAUGGGAACACAUACACACACACAAUUUGGAGGAGAGGAGGGAGGGGAGGGGGGAAUACCCCCAAUUUGGAAGGAGGGGGAGGAGGUUUUGAAGGGGAGGGGAAAUUUUAAAAAAAAUUUCCUCUCCUCCACCUUAUCAAACAAGGGGA